CUGUGUGAUAUAAACAUAAUGAGGAUUAUUUGUGCAGAAAAUACUGGUUAAUUUAGUACUGUGAUUUUUAAUAGUAUGAUUCUUGGUUCAUAUUAAACAAUUUUAAUUGUAUAACUAAUUUAAAAAACCAUGGUAAUUCACAAGGGUUACCUAUGCCGCUAUUAGAGAUGUGCUAUGUGACAAUCAAAAUUUUGAUUUUUUGGAUAGAAAUGGGAAAAGAAAUCUAAUAAAUUUCAGUAAUAUGUAAUUAGAAUCAUCGUAUGCGGGUAAAAAUAGGAUAGACAAAUAUUGGAAUAAACGCAACCAAAGCAUUUAGAGUCGGCUUUCGUAUGUAUAGAGGUUAGGUUGGUUAGAUGUUUAAAUGAGUGGCAAGAUGGCGCCCUGUGAGUACCCAGUGUGCCCCGCGCGAUUGAUUUGCGCAUGUCAGUUGGCUGCAUUGCAAAUGGCGGCUCCUUGUUAUUGUUCAUGGCGUUUUAUGACUUGUCCCUUUAUAUUGCCGAUUAUGUCGAGUUUUUUCGUGAUCCCUGCCGCGCGCCGUGUACAGAAAGUGGAAUAAAGCUCGCGCGGUGUGUUUUAGGUUAAGAUUAGUGCUCUGGUGGUGUGUCCCGGUGCAAUUCGGACGCGAGAAAUCCCGCACGAAGUUGGAAAGAAAUGGGUAAGGAAGAUUGCUAGGAAGGCAGUGCUGGAGUGGUGUGGAGCCGUCGGUUUGGAACCGACGGACGAACAGCUGCGUAGCCAGAGUGUACAGUGAUACCCUGAGACGUCCCCAGGCUCCCUGGGUAGUUAUGUGAUUGAUGAUUGUCAUGGCGGCAGACAGCGAUGGUGAUCUGAUCGAGACGGUGGUCACGUGUGAGGGAGAUCUCGGGGAUCCAGAAUUUCCACAUAAGUUUAAGGUCAUUGUAGAUCGCCUGAAGUCUCUGCUCUGCAAAGAAAAUGGCGAAGGGCUCAGAAUAAGCAAGGUAGAACCAUGGAACUCCGUGAGGGUGACAUUUUCGAUACCGAGGGAGGCUGCACUGCGUCUACGAGAGUUGGCUGCUCAGGGUUCACCAACUCUCACGCAGCUUGGGAUUCUUUCAGUCCAGGUUGAAGGGGAUCAGGUGAUAUCGCUGAGGAUAGCUAGUAGGUUCGGUGGAGAAGCACAAGAAAUCGUGUUGCGCUCCGGUCCUGCUCAAGAUGCUGGAAGUAAAUCACAGAGCGAUACGAGCAACAGUGCAUCGAAUGUCGACUCCGAUACAACGGCUGCUGUACCAGGUCCAAGCAAUUCUUCAAGCAUUACUUCAACAUUGCGUAGUGUCGCUCAAAUUAUAACAGCUGGUUCGUCGUCGGAGAAGGCACCACAAUUUCGCUCACCGAAUGUCGUAGCUCCAACAGACUGUGAUCCAAUCCCACCAUUUCUCGCGAAAACAGUUCAACCGACGGCUGGUGGUAGCGGUGGCGGCAUGACCGGGAGUCAACAGACGACAAAUCCCAGCGCUUCGCCCAGAAACAAUUUCAACGGUCCAUUCCCCUUUGCCAGCAUGACCCAUGCUGCGCAAGCUAUACAUAACCGCGAGUCCCAAGCUAGUACCAUUAAGAAUACAGUGCAAUUUAAACAUCAUACACAGCCGCCACCGCCUUAUCCCGCUCAAGACAGUUUGUCGACAGUCACUGCGUUAACGACUGGCCAUACCACCACGCAGCCCGUUUCCGUGACUGGACCUGUGACGAGUCAGUACAAGUCUCCACCUGCCAUGGCUCCUAGUCUGUCGCCAACCAAUGGUAGCAAUCUAACGACCAGUUCCAACGGCAGUGGCAAUCAGGUAGCGCUUUCGAGCCCGCUGCUCGUGAAUCUUCUGCAAAACGAUGGAGGCUCGCAUCCAAAUAACGUUUUGCCUCCUCAGAAGAUGCUACCACCGGCUGUCGUGGAUAAUUCUGGUAUAGCUAAUCGCAUGAGGCCCACCAAGAAACCUACUGUCAGAAGGAAAGAGAUGCCAUCGAACAACGACUCGCCGCCGAGUUUGGAUUCGUUGAGAACGGAGGAUCUGAUCGGUGCAUCCUCAGUCAUUCCCGAUUUGGCACAAAGUCCCGGUCCAUCGGCAUUCGUGACUGUUAAUGUGAAUCAGCCAUCGACGGUGCCUCAAGGUCAUACAUCUAACGUGAUCGGUGCUGCCACACACAAUAUGACAGCCUCGCAAUCAGUACAUCAUGGAUCGGUUGCUAGCCAGAUGCAACAACAAACUCCAACGUUGCAUACGCAAGUACAAAUGCAGCAGAAGUUUCCCAUUAGGCAGGAGUUGGCUUACAGACCUUCUCAGGUGCAAAUGCAAAAUCAAUUGACUGCGAGACAUCCGGUUAAUGGUCAGCAAAUUAGGACGCCCUUGCAGCAGCGACAGCAGCUACUACUGCAACAACAACUUCUGGCUCAGCAACAACUUGGACAGCAGGGUAUUAACAGUUCUCAGUUGAUACAACAAGGAACGACUACUCAGCAGCAGAUACUUCAACAGCAGAACACUCCUAUGUCAUUGCAAUCUAUUCCUGUUGGGAGUCAACAAAUAUUGCAACAACAGCAGCAGCAGCAAAUGAUGCAACACCCUGCUGCUGCGGGGCUGAAUGUUGCUCAGCAACGGUUAGGUUAUUUGGGCAAUCAGAGACAGCAAACGCCACCACCUUAUCCUAGGCAAGGGGGUUCGCAACAACCACAACAGUCGCAUUUGGCUCAACAGAAUCAAGCACUGAACGUACAACAACAAUUGCACCACAAUCAACUAAAAAACAUGAAUGUCAAUACGGGAGCGACAAGCGAUUUUCGCUAUGGUCAGAGUCAAAAUAUUCUCAGCAGAAAUUAUCAGGGUGCCCAGGGCAAUGCAAGCGAGACGACGUGGAACGCUCAGAAUAGUUCAAUUCCACAAGGUGCUCAAGUGAACACAACUCAACGUCUGCCUGUUCCAAGCCAGGCUCCGAGUGCCUUUCCACAGUGCGGACCUCGUUUAAAUCACCUAACAGCUGCGAAAGUGGUUCCGACAAGUGGCACGGCCGAGGUUCCCGUGCCGCCACAGCCUGAGGAAGAUCCUCCCGAACCAGAGUAUACGUCCACAGGAAAGAUAAGACAAUUUCUAAUAAAUCCGCUAACUGGACAUCUUGAACCCAUGCCUAGUGAGAGUUCCGAUUCCGAGCAAGAGAGUGCUGUCGAUAAUCAGGACGAUUUCUUUCCAUUUCCUUCGCCAUCCAAUGACCGGUCAAAUUCCAUAUUCUCCGACGACGAUGCAGACAGUAAUUUUUCCCGAAGAAACGACACCACGACAAAUACCGAUCAGUCAGACUCCGAAACAACUGUCAAGUCAACAGCCAGCGAAGGGAGUCUGAAACACAAUAGGAUCAAAUCCAGCAGGGACAGCGCCCACAGUCCUAUGCCCGGCGAGAAAAUCAAGCUCAGAUUAAAACUAGAAAAAUCGGAGCCAGUAACGCCUGCUUACAAAGUGGAUGUUUCCUUUGUUAAUACGCCGCCUGUCAGGAAGGCCGACAAAUCGGUGAAUAAGAUGUUCUCGGGGAGCAUGCCAAACUCUGGUAGCGGCGGGGAUGAGCCACGUGUGCCUCCGUUACACAUUUCGCUGAGGGGUCGCAAUGCUUCUGUUGUGCAAAUCAGAAAGAAGAAGGAGAAGUCGCUAAAAGAGGGCGAGUCUGAAUCAGCCACCAUCAAGAGACGCGGUAAGCUGAAGAAAAUGAAGGAGUGCACGGACGGGAACAAGUUGCUGCAAAAGAAAUCAUCGUUAAGCAUGAUAAUAGGUACAUCGUCAGCGUCCAAAUUGCCUUUGUCCAACUCCACCAUCGUGAAUAGCGCGAAUGCUGUUGUCAAAAUGAACAGUACGCUUCAAACAGUUGUGACCAAACCCAAUGCCUUAAAACAAGAUGUACCAAUAGACGUUGCAAGGCUGCAAACUGGGAUGACUAAACCGGGUUCCAGUAAAAGCAGCGAUGUCGAUGAUAUACCGUUAAACAGUAGGAUACCAUCACCCUUAAAGCACAAAUCUACUAUUUUAAAUCAGACUUCAAAUACCCAGCAAGCUUUAACCAAGAGUCAAUUGGAGACUGAAGUUCAAAACCAUACGAAUGAACAUAAAAUUGGUGGAGGUAAGACGAAAAGAAGAGAUUCUAAGAAGAAAUCAGAGUCCGGAGACGGUUUGCAUCGGGAGCAAAAUCUAUUGUCUGGCGGUAGAAUUCUGGAUAAUCAAGUUAAGUGGAGAAAACUUGGUUACAAGGGCGAAGCUGGUCAACCCGGCAAAAAAUCGGAUUCGAUUAUAUCCGGAAGCGAUUCGAGCACAGUCAAGAAGGUCGGAGAGAUCAGGAGAACGAGCGACAGCGACAUCAGCAGGGCUACAGCUGAAAAGGCCAACACCCUGGGAAACGUUACGUCGCGGUUGACGGAAGUUAAUGGCAUCAGGAAAGACCUCGUCAGCCAAGAGAAGAGGAGAAGGUUGAGUUUAAUGGACGAAAAGGAUCUACAUUUUACAGAAUCUCAAAGCGUGGAGGCAACGCAUCUUCACAGUCAGAAGGCCGUUCCCGACAAUACCACACCGAAUGCAGUCCCAAACUCAAAAGUGAAUUCGAAUUCGUCUUUCGAUAACGACAGUCCCGCCAUAAAGAGCAUUAAUCCACCGACGCAGAGCACUCCACAUCCACCCAGCAAUCUUGAGAGCAAACCGCCACCUUCGCACUGCGAAUUUACAGCCACGAAGAAUCCCCAGCAGCCUGUAAAUAGAAUUUUACCAGCGAAAACUAAAUCAGAUAUGGAGAGGCCUAUUGUCAAGGCAAACUCCAAUGCCACCAUGAAGACGCAGAGCGUCAAUCAGAAAUUGAAAAAUCAUACAAUCGCAAAAAGCGACACGAACGCUACCAUCAACAGGCAUAAGGUCGAGCAUCAGGUUCAUAAGAAGGUUGUUCAAAAUCACGUAAUCAAGCAGGUCGAGCGCAUCAGCCUGACCAAUAAAACAGAAAAUGCGCAAAGAGUAAGUUUACUCAAAACUGCUCAAAAUCUGACGAUCGGCAGCAAUACUGGGGAGCAGCAAGGGAUAGGGACGCAAAACGUUGAUCUUCCUUCAAACAAACCGACCUUACCGAUUGGUGAGAUCAAUGUAACUGAGGCGAAAGUGAAGCAAAAGUUGCUGGAAAAUACAAGUGUACCCAUAGGGAUUGGCGUGGUGGACGCGAGUACGGAGAGAGUCGGUAAUGGAGGUGGUGGCGAGGAUUCUGGAAUAGAAUCGAUGGAUGCCCUCUCGGAGAAGUCGCCAAAUCAAGGUGAAUCACCCUUGCAUAGGCCGGCGACAGAGUCUGUAACGCAAAGCAACAACUCAAACAAGAAUGCGAUCCAGGUGGAGCCUCCUCUUCAAACCACCGAUAAGAACGUGCCUUCCUCGACUAGCAGUAGUGAUAUGUGUUCAAAUUCGCAUUCGGAACUUCUGAAGUCCGGUGAUCCGAAGAGGUUAAGUCCCGUGUCUGCCGCGAGCUAUCUUGAGAAUCGGCUAAAUCACGAGAUGACGCUGGCAAAGUCUACUAGUGAGCAUGCCGUGAAAGGUGUGUCUAGUGAAAAAUCAGUGACGAUGACAACGGCAACCUCGAUAAGCGGCGAGCACGGUAACUCGAUUUCCGGUAUCGAGAUGAACGAUAACGUUAAAAGUAUCGCGAGUCCGUUGGUUACGGCUUCAACGACGAUCGUUACAAGCUCUUUGCCGAGCAAUACGGGUAGCGAUAAUAAUAAACUGUUGCAAUGCGCGAACUCGCAGGUCAAAGACUUUUCUGCAAAGGACAGUUAUGCCGUCAAGACGGUAAAAUUAGAGAGUAUCGUUAACCAAAACGAUCAGGGUAAGACGGACGGAAAUCACGAGCUGUCAAAAGUUAUGGAAAAUACAUCCGAGAACGAUGCCAAAUCAAUGUCGGAGAGUGAUGUCGUUGCGAUUAAAUUGAACGACGGUACUCAUAGUCAGAAUAACAAUGGUGUGUCUGUAAUUCCGAAUCACGUCGCGUAUGCUAAAGUCAAAAUUGAAAAAAGCGAAAGUGCCCUAUUGACAGAAUCCAGUGUAAAAAGCGAACAUCCGUGCUCAAACCUUCAAACUUUUAAUUCCGAAGUUAAAGUUGAACCCAAAUCCGAAGUGAAAGUGGACGACACGAGGCAAACCGAUCGAUUAGACGUUACAAAAACCUCAAACGCGUCCCCAAGUGUAACCGCCUCCGUUAAAUUAGAAUUGUGUUCGGAUCGAAGCCAAAAAGCCAACGUACAAACCCAUCAACAAGUGUCCAUCAGAGAGCCGUCGGUUAACCUUCAAAAGGUAGCAGACGAGCUGGUGAAGAAAAUGGUGAGCGAGGCAAGUGAAGCAAAUAUCAGUAUCCAGUCUCCAUUGGGUGAAGAUCCUCAACCAAUAAGAAUAACACCGCCUCUCUAUACAUAUUCAAACCCCGUGGUGUUACAACGUGAGGAGACCCCCAGCCCGGCUGCGCAAAAUGCAGAUGUCGAAUCGUGCGAGGCAGAUCAUGCUAAGAGAAAACGCAGAAGAAAACAAGACCUGGAGGGUCGUCAGGACGUGAUAUGUAUAGAGGACACCGACGAGAGUCAUUUCGUCGAACGACUAAAUCCAAAUAGCACUGAAGAUUACGUGAAACGUCCACCAAAGUCGCUCCUCGAGCAGCUCUUGAUAGAGAUCCCAAACGACAGUAGCGAAAAGAGGUCUUUGAGGACGCGGUCACAGAAACUGAACAGCCCGGACAUCGUUAGAACCCCGAAGAGCAGUCCUCACGGCCCGAACAAGUUGGAGGAGCGACGCAGCAUAUCGCCGUACGCGAAAGCCAGUCCAAAGUUAGGCGUUUCCAAGUUGUCGCCUAACACAACGACGGUCAAAGCAGGAAAGCGAAAAAGGCAGGAAAGCGAGAGUUCGGUAGCGUCGAGUACGGCUGACGAUCCCCAACCAAGGCCAGGUAAACGGAAAUGCUCGGAGAACGCUGCAGAACUUAUUAAGGCUUGCAUGGGCGUAGAGGAGAGCGGUCCUAAUAAGAAACAAGUACCCGUCAAGGAGGAACAGUCAAAGAAGGGGUUCAACAUAUUGGCCAAGGCCAAGAAAGGUCCUAUCUUGGUAGAAGUAGAUUCAUCGGACGACGAGCCGCUCAUCGAGAUUGCUGGGAAGGGAAGAGCGCGAGUGUCUGACGAGACAUCCGCAGCAUCCCCAAAGUCUAAAGAUCAAAAAACGAAUACGGGCAGUGCAGUAGCUGUUGGACAAACCAAUUCCAGUAACAUAACGAAUUCGAAUGCCAGUAACAGAGCGCAAAGGGAGAGCCGAUUACUGACUACCAAACAACCCGCUACCGCAACCACCGGUACUGUAGCAAAGGAACGGCUACGUGGCACAUCUGUAUCUAGUAACGAAUCCGUCGGCGAAGUAACCACCAGAAGAUCCGUUCGACAAAGCACAGCUUCACCGUUAGCAACACCAGCAAGUAACACCAGGGGUGCUUCCAGAUCCGUGGACGAUGUAAAUAGAAGAAAAACUCGUAGCGGAGCUGACACCUCGUACAGCGAGAACGUUGUUUUAGUGACGGCCGAGACGGCGGAGCAAGCAAAACGGAGGCGAAUAUCCCGAGAAACCAAAUGACCUUCGGGAAGCGACCUUGACAGCGAUUAGCUAGCGUCGCUCGUCAAGGCCUGUCCGUCUGGUUGUCUGUCUAUUAUCAGUGUUUAUUCGAUCGCCGCGUGGCUGGACCCCACCUGGUGAAUUUGUAUGUGUCAACAGCGCACAACAUUGCUAUACAAGUACCAUAGAGUAUCGAGGCUAAGAAAGUCCUGGACGGUGGAAAUCUGUUGAAUUUUUAUAAUAAUCGUACGAGGCGAGCGUAGACGUUCAUUAUCAUUAUUAUCCUCUUCAUUUCGUAUACAUUUAUUAAUCCAUAUGUCACAGCUCAUACCUUAAUAAAACUGUCGCGACUAUAUAUUUCUUCGAAUCGUUAAGGACCAUUGUAAUCCGUUAUAUUUACGUCAAUGAUGACCUCUGUCCUUUUCGUGAGAACCUCUCUCACGCGGGAUGCUGAAUUUAAUGAUUCUGCCAUUCCUCCUUCCGCCGUCAAACAUUCUUACGUCAGUGGUACUCUCGAACAGUGACGUUUGGUUACUUGGAGAUUAAUAAAAAAAAAAAGGAUUUUGGCCAUCCAAUAAUCCGUUUUGAGUAACUAAACCGGAUUCAAAACUGCCGAGUCAAUCUAAAACUUUCUUUUACCAUUAUUUCGCUGUUGUGUGUCGUCCCUUUAAUCACCAUUUUUCAAUUAACGUUACGACGACAUUUGCUACGGUUACUCCUUCCCUCAAUCCUACAAUUUUUCCUGACUUUUUAAGCGGUUCAAGCGGAAUAACGCCACAAAUUAUUAAAUGACCCCUCGGUCUUAUUUACAAUGUGCGAUGCAAUAACGCGUAGAACAUUUAUGCACCUUUUCAGAGAUAAUACUUUUAUCGGUAGUAAUAGUAAAAUUUGACAAAAUCAAUUUAACGAUCUUGUGCUUUCUUUUUUAUCUAUGAGAUAUUAAUCAGAUUAUUGAAGCGAUCGUACCUCUCCGAACCUCCGAAAGAUUAUUCUGAUAAACGUUAUCGCGUAAAAUUUGAAUAUUGUCUUUGAGCAUCUUGCUUAACGACUGAUUGCUCCAGCAAAUUGGCAUGGAAUUCUUAUUAAAGUUCUUGUUCUCUAAUCUCCUUCCUUUUUGAUCCCCUACCCCCUCUCCCUUCCUCACCACACUUCGUACUCGUAGCAGUUGGUAAAAGGAAGCCCAGAGUCGACACGUCACGUAUGAAUCGGACUGUACUGCCGUAAUAUAUUGUAUAUUGACUUGUACGUUUCUCGCGAUUAAAUGAUUUUAUUAGCUGGUGGGGCUUUAGGUGGCUACUACGGACGACCUACCUGACAGACUAUGUUUCUGAUAUGUCUUGCUCUACUGUACUCUCAUUUAUUUAUUUCAUUUCAUUUAUCUUUUUACGGGUUUACUUUCUUUGUAUACAUAUCCGUCUAGGCUGUGCGUCAGUCAUACGAUUCUGAACGUGCCGGUCGCUACUUCCGAAUAGCCUUUACGUAUGUCGGUUGAGAAAAUCAAGUUUCAGGAGCGACACAAUUAAUCUAACGCUACGUUUAUAUAGUUACUUAUUGUGUGAAAGGAUAAAAGCAUUUGUUUAAUUAUUUUCAGUACGUUUGUACUUUUGUAUCGUUAUAUGUAUCCUGAAAUUGACUAGCUCGAUUGCGAUUCAACUCUUGAUUUCUCUUUUUUUUUUUCUUCUCAUUGUUCUUUAUCUUAGUUUCGUUUAACGACCUUAUCCGAUAGCUGGACGAAGAUAAUCAUGCUUUCAGUGAUUUAUUUUCUUGGACAAUGGAACGUAGUCGCAUUUGAUCGUUGUUACAAUUUUUUUUUUAUUAAUUCUUAUUUCCUCACGAUCGACGAACACAGUCUGCCGAAGGAAAGGUCGUCUCCGAGUUACGAUAUAGCGAAGGGCUGGGGUAUAGGGACAUUAAAAAAAAGAAUUUAUAUUAUUUAUAAAAAAGAAAGGAUAAACGGAUCGUUUGGAUAAAUCAUGCAUAAAUAUACGAAGCGGAUAAGAAUAAUUAUUAUUAAAAAAAAAAAACAAUGAAUACAAUGUUAAUUUGAUAGGUAAUAUAUGAAUGAAUAUAUUUUGUAAAUAAUUUCUUGUAAAGACACACACGUACAUAUACACAUGCGCGCGCGCGCAUACACACACGUACACACACGGCACGCACUCACGCACGCACGCACCUCUUAUAUGUACAUAUAGGAACUGUUUAAAUUUUUAUUAAAUUAGUGGUAAUUGAACUCGUGCAACUUCACUGUCAUUAUUAUUAAUUAUUAUUCUUCGCGAUCGUGUAAUUAAAACGUUUUAAUAUCUUUCUCUCAGCAUUGUUCAACGCAAAAUAAACAUUUAUAUAUAUAUAUCUAUAUAUAUAUAUAUACAAAUGUAUAUGUAUAUACAUGAAAAUUCAAUGAAACAUUGUUUUUGUGAACAGAUAAAUCUAGUUUUAUAUUGUAUAAAUAUAAAUUAUACCGUUGAAAGUUUCGAGGUUUAAGCAGCCCAUUCGUAGCCAUCUAUCUUGUUCGGUACACUUACUUUGUUGUUUUCUUUCUUUUGGAUUUAGCUUUUAUUUAACGUGGCAUUCGAUGAUUAUUCUAAUUAUUUAGAUUCUGACGAGCAGUCGGACUGCUUUCCGAAAUAUUUACUGUCUUCGAUCUGUUAUUGUGCGCCGUAAGAUAAAAGAAAGACUUUUUUUCUCUUUUUCAAAAAAUAAAUCUUGUUUAUGUUACGCGAAAGAAAGUGCGUGCACGAUAACACGGUAUUGUUUGUUGAGGCGAUAUUUUUUGUUAACAUAAAAUCCACCGAAAGAAGUUCGAUGGCUGCUGGGCAAAUGUACACAUUAAAAUAAUCCUUUGUCGUGAGAAUGUUAAGCAUUGAAUUUUGGUUAGAUUCGAAAUUGGGGGAAACUUUCAGCAGAUCUGAGAUUGUCGAGACGAGGUCGUUCUCUUGGGUCAAGGUUCAGUCAAAUUUUCCCUGUUUCUAAUCCCAAUAUAAAUUAUUUAGUUAGAACGUUGCCUGUUUUUUAAUGAAAAUUAUUUCAACAAUUCACCAAUCGUCUAUUGUACAUAGUAGCGCACUUAUUUUACGCGGACGGGGAAACUGAAGAAUAAAAACUGUAUAUAUACCUUACGGUGAAACAAAUACAAGAAUUACAUUUAAUAUGAUCCAUACAAGCCUGCAUUGUGAUGGGAUGAAGUGUAAUGUAAAAUGUAGUAAUAUAGUUAUGUAUGAAUUUAAGGUUUAUUGCAAACGAGGAACAUUGUAAUUUCGAUGUAAAAUAUUCCCUUUGACAUUAGGUAGGUAGGCUAGGUAUUAUUAUGUUACAAUUUUAUUAUUGAAUAUUACAUUUACGUAACUGUAUAGUUGAUAACGAAAGCAAGCUUCAUGUGUAAAUACGAGAAUACUUUAUGUCUAAGUGGAUUUUAAGGAUGCUCAUACUAUUAAGGGGUUUCUAAAGUGUUUGUCUGUGGCAUCUGUAUAUGCAUACAAUAUAUACUAUAUACUAUAUGAGACUAUACGCAAUAAAUAUAUUAAAAAAAAAAAAAAGCUGAUAUCAAAAUGAAACUCGCCGAAGAAUACAGAUUCUUUAUGAAAUAAUGUCUCAUUCUAUGCAUUUGUCUGUCUGUAUGCGCAAAAUGACUAGAUCGGCAUAGUCGUGUCCGUCGGUGUUUGAAAUUCGACAGACUGGUUGGUUUUUAUAAUACAUAGGCUUUAACUCUUACUGUUAGACUGACUCUGCUCGAUCUAUUAAAAUUUGUGCAGUCGCAGUUACUUUUCUUUACACCUCGGACCCAAGAAUCGUGGCGGAAACCCUUUGUGUGUUGUCUCUGCGGAACGCAGAAUUUCGUAAGAAAUAUGUCAUUUCUUUGGCCGGCUCUUACUGUCACCGUACUGAAUUGUUUGCUAACGUUCACGUGCCACUUUCGAGGCGCAAGAUUAAUCUUUGGGAGCCCCUUAAUUGUCAAGGCAAAGAUAUAAAUAUUAUAUGAUGCGUACGGGAUUGCGUAUGAAAAUCAUCAGGCUAAAUUUAGUACUCUCUGAUGACUUUGAUGCGCGUCGUAACGCAAAACAUUUGUAUUUUUAGUAUUUGGUUAAACGAUAUAAAUAGGAGUAAAGGUAAAUGAUUGAUAAUAACCGAAGUGGAUAUAUAAAACAAAAAAUAAAAUAUUAGAUACCAUAUUAUAUUUGUAGAAACGAAUGAGCACGCGAAAAAAAAGAAAUCGCGCUAUAAUUAUGAAGAAAAUAUUACAAUUAUAUUAUUAUCUAUUAUUACACAAAGUGAAUACACAAUAUAGUAAUUUGCUAAUUGUACCUUUUAAUAAUUACUGUAGACACAUU